AUGGGGGCGGCCGAGAAUAUAUCGAGUUCGAGCUCUGAGAAUGAGAAUUUGAAUGACAGUGAGACGCAGGUGGUUUUGAAUGUUUACGAUCUCACCCCUCUAAACCAGUACACCUAUUGGUUCGGUUUUGGGAUUUUUCAUUCAGGCAUUGAAGUUCAUGGUAAGGAGUACGGAUUUGGAGCCCACGACUUCCCUGUCAGUGGAGUUUUUGAAGUGGAACCAAGGAGCUGCCCUGGUUUUAUUUACAGAUGUUCCAUCCCUUUAGGGUCGAUAAAGAUGCCUUGCUCUGAAUUCCGAACAUUUAUAGAGAGUGCUGCUUCCCAGUAUCAUGGAGAUACCUAUCACCUCAUCUCUAAGAAUUGCAACCAUUUCACAGAUGACAUCUCAUGGAGAUUGACAAACAAGCGCAUACCAGGAUGGGUGAAUCGGCUUGCGCGGCUAGGUGCUCUCUGUAGUUGUCUGCUUCCCGACAGCCUUCAAGUAACUACUGUUAAACAGCUACCUGAAUACCAUGAUUGCUUAGAAGAAGAUGGAAGUGAAUCUCUGACUACCACCACCCCCUGCGAGUCAACAGAAAUUGAUGAUACUGAUCAAGAGAAGCACUUGCUGUCGCCAAGUGCUGUAAGUGGGGAUGUGGCUUUUGUUAAGGAGGCUCACAGGUGA